AGGAGAAGACUCGUGGCGACAACUUGCUCGAUGGGAUGAAGAGAAGAAAGCGGGUUACUAAGCAGGUUCGCGUCGAGUCUCCUCGGGCUGUGGAGCCCGAAGUCCCAAGCCAUCCACCAGUCAUCAACCUGGAGUCUCCCAGGGAGCCCGAGGUGGCCGGGCCUGAUCCGGAGGUUGCGGCGGAGCCCGAGGUUGCAGAGGCUCGGAACGUCGAUACUACGGAAGCUUCCCAUACUCAGACGGUAUUCUCCAACUCGGGGAGCCAGGAGGGGGUCGGUAGUGUGCUGACAUCGAGUUGUGCUCUCCGUAAGUGCAAAAAGGUCGUCUAUCCUGCGGAGGUUUCGGAAUGGGCUGACCUUCCUCCAGGUCACAUCAGCACACGCACUGCGUCUCAUGCCAUGGUGGUGAACACCUCCAUCCAUGCCCUAACUAUUCAAUCGGAGAGGAACUUGAAGCGGACUCAAGCUGCUAAAGAGGCUUCCCGUGCAGCACAAACCGAGCUGAGGAUAGCUUGGGAGCGGAUCUAUCGUCUCGAGGGUGACACUUCGGCUCAGAAGAAUGCCAUUGAGACCUUGACAUCGGAGAAGGUCGCAAUGGACCGCGAGUUGGAGAGGCUUCGAAGGGAGAACGGGGCCUUGAGGAUUGUUGUAAAGCACCUCGCGAACUCAAAAGGGGUCUUGGAGCACGAGGUGGAAUACCUUAAGGCCGAUAUCAAGGAAAAGUCCGAGAUCUUCUUCCAAGCCAUCGAGGAUAAUGAAGUGAAGGCCGUCGAAGACUACAUCGCGUCGGAGCGCUUUGACGACCUGAUGGUGGGCUCGUAUCGGAGGGGUUUCAAAUUGAGCAGGUGGAUGAUAAGGCAUACGUACCCCGGACUCGACACCCGUGCUAUAACCACAUCGCGCAUUACUCUAGAGAUGGCUCUCGCGGCUGACGACGACCCGGACUCCGAAGAUGAAGUAGACGCCUCGAGUGCCGCCGAAGUUUCUUUUGAUGACUUGGGCGAGGGAGGUGUGCCUCCGAAGUGAUA